GAGAAACUUAAACGAUCGAUUUAUCAAUACAGGCAAAAAAAUGGCACCCGUAUCGAGGUAGUCACGUCGGUUAUUAAAGUUGCGGAACGUAAGCAGAGUAGAGAAGCUCAAAUAUGAGUAAAGGAACAUGAUAGACGUUUAUUUAGAGCGAUAACGGAGAGGUAGGAAGUAAGAACUGGAUCGCAUGCAUGACUGACCAACUAUCGGUUAUCGUUGCCGGUUUAUCGGUCAUUGCAUUGAAACGGCUCAAGAGAUUGCUUCGUGUCUGGGGAUUGGAAGAGAAUGAAGAUUACGGGGAAGAGAAGAUGGACGUGAUGAUGGUGACUGCUAGAGCGCCGGUCAACAUUGCUAUUAUCAAGUAUUGUACGAUACUCAGCGUAAAAAAAGGACGUAAAGGGUCAAUAGUAGUUGUGGAUGCAAAAUUAGUUGCAAAGGAGAAACGAUCAGCACAAAGACAGGAAUGGAUGCCUAACAGAAAAUGUAGAAUGGAAGACAUGAAGAGAACUGAUAAAGAAAUAGCAGAACUAAUAUCCUCAAGCAGCAGCACAGAUACUGAAGAAGAUGCAAGCUGUAAAGGAGACAGAGUAACUAGUGAUGGAGCAUUUGGAAGCAGCUUAUCUCAGACAUCAAGUAAGAGAAAGAGAGGCAUAACAAAUAUUAUCACACCAAAGCUAGCAGCUGCCUUUGACAGGACGAAGUUAUCUGAUUGUAAAGCAACCUUUGUUAUUGCAGAAACUAUGAAAAGCCUCUGUCACGGAAUUGAUGAUAUCACCCUCAAUCGUGAUACAAUUCGCAGAAGAAGAAUUGAACACAGGACACAGCAAGCAACAGCUUUACAAGACAAGUUCCAAACUGCAUAUACAUUUCUCACAGUAGAUACUGACCUGUGGAAAGAUAGAGAGGACUACCAGAAGGCUGCAGAGUCAUUACAUGCCAUUAAAGUUGUUAACGACCAUGUAGAAUGCAUGGUUGCAUUCAUCCAGGAAUUCAGUGGCCUAAUGACUCAUAAUGAAUUACAACUUCAGUAUUUGCUAGAACAAGAUAUGGAAAAUCCAAGAUUGCAAAAUUGCCUGAGAGAAAUAAGAAGAAGAGCACGAAAAAGAAAAACUUAUGAUGAUGAUUCAAAAGAUGACCAUCAUCUUAAUUUUCAUGUGCACAUUUGUUCAUGUAAUAAUUUCCCAACAGCUGCAGGUUUAGCUUCAUCUGCAGCUGGUUAUGCAUGUUUAGUUUAUGCACUUGGAAAAUUAUUCAAAGUAGAAGCUGAUUUGUCUGAAAUUGCCAGUUAUUUAAAGGUAAAUGAUCAGAAAAAACAUACUAGUAGUACUCAAGGAAUGGGCUCAAGUGUUAUAACAAGUGAUUUACUCAAAUAUAGAGCAGCUCACAUUGUUCCUCAUAGAAUAAAAGAAAUCACUAAUGCAAUCUUGGAAAAAAAUUUCCAAAAAUUUGCAGAAAUCACAAUGAAAGAUAGCAAUCAGUUUCAUGCUAUCUGUAUGGACACAUAUCCUCCAUUACGUUAUGUGAAUGCUGUAUCAUUGGCAAUCAUGGAUCUGGUUCACAGUUACAAUGCCUUUUAUGGAGUUAAUAAGAUUGCCUAUACUUUUGAUGCUGGGCCAAAUGCCUGUCUCUUCAUGUUGGAACAGAAUGUUUCUGAUGUUGCAGCUCUCAUAAAACAUUUCUUUCCAUCAAAUGUUGAUAACUCAAAGUUUUUCAUUGGUCUUCCAGUUAUGCCUUUAGAACAUUUAUCAGAGACUCUUAUCAAUUCUAUGCAGAUUUCUCCUAUUCAUAGAGGUUUGCAGUAUGUGAUUCACACACAGGUUGGCACAGGACCAGAACUCAUAGAGAUAUCAUCUGCUCAUCUUUUAGAUGAUGCAGGAAUUCCUAAACAAAGUACUUCUUAGAUGUAUACGUUUAUAUACAUUUACAAAACUUCACCAGAACAAACGUUGUCCAUAU